GCGGAUCUCUCUCUCUCUCUCUCUCUCUUUCUUAUGCGAUCGGUUUCUUGAGGGCGAAAAGUGGGGACUUCCAACGGGUACAGAACAUGGCUUGCUCUCUGUUGCGCUUAGGCAUCUCAGUUGCGGAAGAAUAUCGGUCGUUUUCGGACGCGAAUCUAUUUUUCGCGAGAAAUCACAUCGACUCGCGGCCGCGAAGCGAUCGGUAAUCGGUGGUCCACACAUUUUUUUUUCUUUUUUUAAGGGACCUUUGCCGCCGAAUAUUAUUUGGACUUGAUUGGUGUCUGUCUCGAAAAUCAAUUCAAGGUUUAACUUCUUCCAUCGCCAUCGUUGCUCAUUGAGCAUCCUCGUAGGAUAAAUUAACGAGCCGCACGCGCCACACAGCCGCAGUCAACUCCCGGAUCUCACGGCGUAGGUGUUGCCCGGAUGCGUCCGAAACAUGGAGAACACGUGAUCGUGAUAGAGUGAACGGGGACCGAGUGCGAAAGAGGAAGAGUAGAUAUUUCGUGUGCGAGAAAAAGGCGCCCGAAAAACCGAAUUUGUGCGGCACGCGAAAAGCGAUGCCAAGGGUCGCGAGGACGACAAAGUCACAUCACCGUGCGACUUGUGAUUGAGGUCAACCGAGUGAGUACGGAGACUCGGAGCCCGACUUGGGUGCUGCUAAGUGCUUUGCCAGUUGCGGCCAGGACGACGACGACGACGACGACGACCAGAUCGAGAAGAUGAAGAGAAACUCGAGUACGAAGAACCAUGAGGAGAACGGGCCGGAGAACCUGAAGUUGCUACAGGUGCCGAAAACGUCCAAGGCGCCGUCGCCGCCCACGACGCCGACCUCGAGAGACCUCGAGGACGUCUUCAAGGAGCUGCCGAUCACCGAUGACACCUCCUGCGGCAUUUGGUGCUUCAGGGGCCCGAUCCUGCAAAAGUUCGCCAACAAGAAGGCGUACGUGUUUCUCUACGGUGUCCUCGGCUGUAUAUUUUCCGCUAGUUACGCAUACUUCAACGGCACCAUCACCACCAUCGAGAAGAGAUUCAAGAUACCCUCCAAGACGACAGGUCUCAUCACAGUAGGUAACGACAUCUCGCAGCUUUUCGUAUCCGUCGUUCUCUCGUAUUACGCAGGAAGGGGUCACAGGCCUCGAUGGAUCGCCUUCGGUAUUUACACCGUUGUACUUUUCUGUUGUCUAACGAUGCUGCCGCACUUUCUGUACGGUCCUGGCGAAGACGCCCUGUCGCUGACCAAAGAAUACGGGACGAAGCAAAGUACGCUAAACUCGAGCGUGAUUUCCGACAAACAGCGGAAAUUUCUCUGUCUGGGAAAGGAGAAUCGCGGGAUGGAAUGCGAGGCCGAAGAUGGGAACUUUGCGCCGCAGGUGCUACUUUUCAUAGCCCAGCUGGUCUCCGGAGUUGGUGGCUCCCUUUAUUAUACUCUCGGAGUGUCCUAUAUGGACGAUAACAUACAGAAAUCGAAGACGCCGGCGCUGAUCAGUUUCUCGUACUUUCUGAGAAUGCUGGGACCUGCCAUCGGUUAUGGACUGGCCUCGUUCUCUCUCAAGUUCUACAUCAGUCCGACAUUAACCCCCACCAUCACGAUGCAAGAUCCGAGGUGGCUAGGCGCCUGGUGGCUAGGAUGGAUCAUUUUAGCGAUCCUCCUCUUUGUUUUCGCGAGUAUAGUAGCCCUUUUUCCGAAGACUCUGCCGCGAGCCGCUGCUCGCAAAGUUCUCGCUCUACAACGUAACAAAUCGGCCAGCAGUAUCAAGCAACAGGAUGAACAAGAAUCGGAAUUACCGGCGUCGAUCCCGGACAUGCUGAGAACAUUUAAACGGCUGCUGACGAACACGACGUUGAUGUGCAACAAUCUCGCGACGGUCUUCUACUUUAUGGGCUACAUGCCUUACUGGAUUUUCAUGCCCAAGUACAUCGAGACCCAGUACAAGCAAUCGGCGUCUGUCUCGUCAUUAAUCACCGGCACGGUCGGCCUGGUGUUCAGCGCAUUUGGGAUCCUGCUGUCCGGACUGGUCAUCUCCAAGUACAAGCCGAAGGCUAGGUGGCUGGCGGCGUGGAACGUCAUGAUCGGCAUUAUAUCGGUAAUGGGGAUGAUCUCGUAUGCCUUCCUCGGUUGCUCCGCGAACGACAAUCAGAUCGCCAUUCAGCCGAACGGAGUCCUGAAGACGCAGCUACCCUGCAACGAUCAGUGCUACUGCGAUUACGUCACCUAUAAUCCAGUGUGCUCCGAACACGGUCAGACGUUUAUAUCCGCGUGUCACGCCGGUUGUCGCGGCGUCAAGGUUCACAAUAAUGGCAGCAAAGUUUAUACGGACUGCAGCUGCGUGAAAGCAAAAAUGACGCGCUCGCUAGCGCUAACGUUUGACAACGUCACCUUCCCAUUUUCCACUGAGCUUCCAUUGAAUACGACCGAACCCACUAUAGAAACUCUGGGAACGGCAGUUCCGGGUUCGUGUCCGGUCGACUGUAUGCAGAAAUUCUACAUCUUUCUGGCGGUGGUGUGUUUUUUGAAAUUCAGCGGAGCAACAGGAAGAGCGUCGAAUUUUCUAGUUUCCGUAAGAUGCGUCGACGAGAAGGACAAGACGGUUGCUAUGGGCUUUGGAUUAAUGAUAAUGAGUCUCUUCGCCUUCAUACCGUCUCCCAUUUUGUUUGGAUUUAUAUUGGACAAGACCUGUCUCGUGUGGGGUAAAACGUGUUCAGGAACGGGCAACUGUUGGCUGUAUAACGGCGAGGCGUUGAGGUAUUUGCUGAACUUUACCGCAGCUAGUUUCGUAACAAUCGGCACGUUAUUCGACGUAGGUGUUUGGUAUUUCGUCAAAGGCGUGAAGAUCUUUGACGAGGAAAUCGAAUUGGAGAAUAUAGCCGAAGAGCCGGGUGAGACACUUUGAAAAAUGGUUACUGAUAAUCAAGUUUUACCUCUUUCGAGCGUCACGUGGAGGAAAGGAAAAUUCUUCGAUCGAAGAUCUCCAAGCAGGAUCGAACGAAGAACGCGAAGCAAGCGAGAACCGACAAAUAAAGACUCUACAAGUACCUUAAGCACCUCCUUAGAUAUUUAAAUAGCAACCUUAGAUAGAAACCGAUCAUCCAUGGUGUUCGCAAGAGAAAAGCGAUCGCCGAUCUUUUUAACAAAUUCAGAUUAUUGAUUUUAUUGUAAACUUUUAUUGUAUAACGGGUAUGAAUCAAUUUGUUGUCGGCAAGGUAUGGAUCUUUAUCUUAAUUCGGACUUAUAUAUUUGAAUAAAAAUGGACAUUUUUUAAAUUCUAAUCAGUAUAUUCGAUUUACAUUAGUUAAGCUGAACGCAUACUAUCAGCUGUUUGUU